AUGGUCACUGUCUUUGCCGUGCCCAGUUGUCCCAUUCUACGCCGUCUCCUAGCCCAUUUCACAGAGGGCAGCGCAUUGUGGAUGUCGAUUAGUCCUCGCCGUCACAAGAGGUUCCUACACCACUUUGUUUCCACAGCUGUGGGAAGCCCUUUGACGAUGAGCUGUGUCCUGGCAGUUGCGGCUGCUGAUCUGCUAAAGUACGAGACGCGUGAACCAGACAUGAGAAUGAUAUCCCUUGAUCUGUAUGGUAAGGCCGUGGCUGGGGUUAGAUCUGAAAUUGAUAACGAACUGGCCUGCGAGCAGGACCGGCCCCUGUCAGAUGAUAUUGUGCUUGCCAUACUGCUAUUAUGCCUGCACGAGACACAUAACUUUUCAGAUACCAGCCGAUUGCUGCCUCAUCUCAACGCCGCGGCUUUCCUUUUGCAGCAGCGACUAUCCUCAGCUCCAUCCAACGGCCACCUGCGCACCUUUCUCUUGGAGCUCUUCUCAUACUUCUUCGCACUAACGGCCUUCUCUCAUGGACCAAGUCUCGCACUCACCCCAGCUGGCGAGGUAUUCGACAUGAUCUCAGCCAAUCCCCACCAUCAGCUCGGCCAGGGCAUGCUUCUAGGGCCAUCUCAGGCGUUGAUCACAACCAUAUUCCAGGUCACUCGGUUCGUGAUGCGCGCGCCUUCCAUGAUGUAUGGGAUGUUCCGGUUAGAGCUCGCAAUCAUAGAACACCAGCUGCAGAACCCCCGCAACUUGACCGACCUUGCUACGGCUGAACUAGAACAGCCGCAUUAUCAAGCGCGAAUCAAUACUGUCUAUUCUCCCGACGACGAGAUACUGUUUGAAAUUUAUAGGCUAUCAUGUCUAGUAUACGUCAAGCAGAUCCUUGAUCCCGAUGUCCACCCUUGCAAUCAUGAGCUCCAGCACCUUGUAAAUUCCUUCGUUAAUGAACUCAAUGCCCUUGAAGGCGACUCGCCCUUAAACGGGAUACUGACUUGGCCGCUCCUGGUAGUUGGCCUUUGCGCAGUGACUCGCCCCCAACAGAACCUCAUCAUGGCGCGGCUGCGCAAGUCACACAAGAUAUGGAGAACGGACAUCUUUACGACCACCAUGGACUUUCUCCGCCAGCGAUGGAGUCUCCUCGCCACUGAAAUGGGGCCACAGCAACACAAGGGUACUCAACAGGCAAUGUUUCAAUAUAAUUGCCGUGGGUCUCCAGGUUCACAUCACACCUUCGAAAGCCUUCCCCUGCCAAUUGUCCUUGUCUAG